CUGUGGCUAAAGUUAGUGCUACCGAUAGCUUGGCAUUAUUUUCAGGUGAAAGUGAAACCGAGAGACAAAAAACACUGAGUUUGCGGCUCGUCGGCUGUCCCUAACGUGGACAUUCGGCAUGUCUUAAAGUAAAGGUGUCGUGUUGGAUAAAAGUUACGUGUUAGUUCCUGUAUUCGUCGCGAAAUGCUAAUGUAGCUAGCUGGUUAGCUAAACAGGAAGAGGGGAAACAUUACUGUUGGCUUCAGCUAACACAGUCAGCACGGGAGCGAGCGGAAAGAGAGCUCCAGAUGCGGCUAAAGGAUCCCUUUUCUUUGAAAGCCACCGACAUGACAAAGCGGACUAAUAAACCUCGGAAACCUCGAGAUGAGGAGUCAUCAGACGAAGUCAGUGGGCUGACAUGCCAGCAUGUGAACAAAGCAGUGGACCUGAGCUCAGUGAAGAAGUCGGUGCUCUCGAGCGUGUGGUUGGUCUGCUCCGAGUGUCUGAGGGAGAGGACGAUGAUCGACGGAGAGCCUGCAGCGUUCCAUGACAUCCUGGUGUGCCUAAAGUGUGGUUUUCAGGGUUGUAACCAGUCGGGAAUCCAGCAUGCCGUCAAGCAUCACCAGACUUUUCACCCGGAGUCACACUGCAUCACAAUCAGCCUGAGCUCGUGGAAAGCCUGGUGCUUUGAAUGCAACGAGGAGCUCUCUACUCACUGCAACAAGAAGGCCUUGGCUCAGACCCUCGACUUUUUACAAAAGCAUUCUGUCAAGGCAACAUCAGCAGCAUCACCCAAGAUCAUCAAGCUGCGAGAGGAACCGUCGGAGUACACUGAAGCACAAAGAGGAAAGAGUCCAGCCAUCAACAGCACCUUGGUCCCUGUGAAAGGAAUACUUAACCUUGGUAACACCUGCUUCUUUAAUGCUGUUAUGCAGAACCUGUCCCAGACGCACAUGCUCAUUGACCUCAUCCAGGAAGUGAAGGAGAAAGGAUACAAGCUGAAGAUCUGUCCGUCUGUCGAGACAAACCUGAGUCCGCUGACAGUGAUUCUGUCCAGUCCUGACCCGCUGACUGCAGCCAUGAUUCACUUCUUGCAGAGCAUGAAGGAGCCAGGGAAAGGCCCCGUCAAUCCAAAAGUCCUCUUCAACCAGCUCUGCCAGAAAGCUCCACGCUUCAAAGGAUACCAGCAGCAAGACAGCCAGGAGCUUCUGCACUACUUACUGGACUCCAUCAGAGUAGAGGAGACUAAAAGGGUGAAAGCAGCCAUUUUAAAGGCUUUCAACAAUCCCACAGAGAAGACGGCAGAUGAGGACACCAAACUCCAAGUCAAAGCAUUUGGAAAAGAAGGUGUGAGGAUGACCUUUGUUGACCGGAUCUUUGUGGGCGAACUUACCAACACAAUAAUGUGUGAAGAGUGUGAGCAUAUCUCAACAGUAAAGGAAGCCUUUAUAGAUAUCUCUCUACCCAUCAUAGAGGAGAGGAUAUUAAAACCAUCCAACCCAGGUCGCCUGGGGAAGGGCAGCCGGGAGCAGGACAUCCAUGCAGCUCACAGUGACCAGGUUGUUUCAGCAGCGCACUCUGCCAACAAGAACUCCAGGAAGCUUAGCGGACCGAAGCAACUGAACAGGAGAUCUUCCAGCUCUGUGGAGGAAAAAGGAGCAUCCUGUGGUGCUGAGCGAGUCGAGGAGGAGGCGGUUGCUGGUGGAUUAGCACGCGGCGUCUCUGUGUGUAAGAUGGCAGCUGCAGGCAGCUUGUCAGACGGCAGCGAAAGAGAUUCGGGCGCCCAGGACAGUAGUAAUGACGCAGACAGCGAGGCCUCUGAAAGUGAGUGGGCCCCACGUCCUUCCAGUCAUGGCCACGGUCACACGACGCCAUCAUCAUCCACAUCCACCCUCACUCCUUCCCCUACACCUGUCUCUUCCUCCUCUCCCGCAUCAUCAUCAGCUUCCACAAAGCAGUGUGGCGCUGUGGGGAAGCUAGUUACCGCGGUUUCUAAAGUCAACCUGGGCUUCUCUCCUGGGGACAUGUCCACUUCAACUCACUGUUCUCCUGAGGAGCAGGGAGAGACUCAAAGCCGAGAUCAUCUACAUCAUCAGCACCACCAGGGAGCUUUCCAGGCACUGUCCCACAGUUACACUCCUACCUCCAAAGAGUGCUCCAUCCAGUCCUGCUUGCACCAGUUCACAUCUGUAGAACUGCUGAUGGGCAACAACAAGCUUCUCUGUGAGAACUGCACUGAGCGCAGGCAGAAGCAGCUGCGCAAAAGCAGCUCCACAGAUAAGAAAGUAGAGAAGAUUUACACCAGUGCCAGGAAGCAGAUGCUAAUAUCCUUGCUGCCUCCUGUGAUCACAUUGCAUCUGAAACGCUUCCACCAGGCAGGGAUGAACCUUCGGAAGGUGAAUCGCCAUGUCGAUUUUCCUCUCAUCCUGGAUCUGGCUCCCUUCUGCUCUGCAUCUUGCAUGAACCUGGCUACUGGUGAGCGCGUCCUGUACAGCCUUUAUGGGAUCGUUGAACACAGCGGCUCAAUGCGAGGCGGGCACUACACUGCAUAUGUGAGAGUGCGUGCCCCUCAGAGGAGAACAGAACAGCGCCACAAAAACCUGUCAGGUGCAAAGGAUGCCAGCAGCAGCUGCCAAGGCCAGUGGGUGUACGUCAGUGACACCACCGUUCAGACUGUACCAGAGUCCAGAGUACUCAGCUCUCAGGCAUACCUGCUCUUCUACGAGGAAAUGUUGUGAUGUCCUCAGGCGAUGCAACUCCUCUACAUAUCUCUACUUCUUUGUAUUUAUUUUCAGUAAAAAAUCCUUUCUGUUUGAAUACAUAAAGACAAGCAAAAGGGGAAAUAUUUAUCUGUUUAUUUAAUUUACACAAAUGGGCAUUUGCAAAUGCUAAGGUUAUGCAGGUAAAAAGAAAACUAAAUGCCAACAUUAUCCAGAUCUUACAUAGAUUUUCAUUUCAGAUCCUGACUUAAAACACCCACCAUUAGACAGAAAGCUUAGGAGAAAGGUUUGGAUUGAACCUGAGCUGUUUAGUAUGUAGAAUUUAUUAAGGUAUAAAAUGCAUGAUGGAGUUUGCAACCAUAACAAACUAGCAGAAGUAUCCCUUCCCAGCUGCAGUCUGCAGUGACUUGAUGUCAAUAAAUAGUGUGUGGGCACACGUAUCAGAGGGUGACUGAGGUAAAGACUAAUGAAUGUAGCUGAAAGGGUCUAUGUAUAGCAGUUACAGGAAGUAUCUUAAUGAAAUGAUUCAAUCUAACUUGUCUGUAUUGUUUGCACUUAUAAACAAAUGGUCUCAUUUAGCCAAUAAUAUCGCCAGGUUGCUCUUCAAAGUUCUAGUUUGUCUGCAGCUCCUUUAAUGUUGCCGCCAGCUGCAUCCCAUGAUGCACCUGCAAGAGGAGAAUCAGCACCACCAACUGUUUACAUUAAAACAUUAAAAGUCAUAAGACCACCGUUGGUGUAUUAUGGCAGGUAUUAAAGAAUAAUUGUCAGCUGAACACAGAAGGUCCAAGUUGGUACAUUUUUUGGGUUGUUUAGUAAAACUGGCAUAACGACUAAUCAGCUAAUCCUCAAUUAAUGAUCUCCACAUCCCUUGUUAAACAUCAGUAAACUAUCAUAUUAAUCAGUUAGGACUUGUGUUUGGAUUAAAUAAUUUUUCUUUUUUUAAAAUAGGAUUUAUGUUGCUUCCAAAAGUUAGUUUGAGGUAUGUGUGCCUGUUUGUCCUGGUUCACAAAGGAAAACAACAUAUUUCACAAUGAGUCACGGUGAGUUUAAUCUGCAUUCAAACACAGAGAAACGUGGAGAAGACGCUCCUUCAAUAACCCUGAAAAAUAUGAUUUCUGAUGGACCUUUUAAAGAAGAACCAAGCAGAGGUUUUGUGGCUGAAACGGAUUUUAACCGAUUCAGAUUUUUUAUUAAGAAAUAUAAUUAACAAAAUACUUGUUUUUUUUUUUUUACUUUCUUCAUAAAUUGAAAAUGUAACUGUAAACUAUGAAAUCUUUACAGUAAAAUAAAACAGAUUUCCAAAAAGACAACUCAAAGUUAGAGUUGUAACUCACUGCUUCCUACUAUAUAAAAGUGCACCAUACCACAAGAUGUUAACCCAGCUCUAUCCGACUUUUAAUAUUUGAAACUAAAUCUCAGACUUACAGGUAUGUUAGCUUGCUAAAUAAUUCAUUUAUUUAGUGUAACUAUAAAGAACCUUGACGCAGCCUAACUGAUUUUUUUAUAUAUCGGGAACAAAGGGUUGUCACACUUUUUGUAUGAGAGAGCAGUUGCUGUUAUACAGCUCUGCAGUCAAGUUGGAUUAUUGGGCUAUUUCUGAUCAAAAUAGCCCAAUCGAGGCCAAUUGAGUGUAAAGUCAGCCGACUCUGCUCAUCUCUCAAUUUCUCUUUGCAUCCCUUUUUUUUUUUUUUUUUAUGUACGGUAGAGAGAAAACAAUACAGUAUAAGACAAAAACCUAUUGGGUGAACGCAGGUUGUUUUUGCAUUGGUAACACUGAGAAACCCACUAAUAUUACCAAUGGCUACAGUUACAUUUUCAUCAUGAACCGUUUAUGUUUAAUGUUACUGGAAUCUGUUUACCACAACUACAACAGUAGUUGAUAAAUAAAUUAAAACUGCUACACAUAGGACCUUUAAAAAACAGCGCAGCAGUUCUUUUAAAAGCCUGCUGGCUCUUUAUUACAUUAGAAUGAAUAAUUAUCAGACUAUCUGUGAAACCAAUCAGCCAAAGACAAGUUUACUUUACUGUAUGCAGUGUUGUGAGAUCAUCAGUGCGGCGUCACUGCGCAAACAAACAUAGACAAUGUUUAUUAAAUCAACAGGACCACAUCUGCCUUCAUUGUGUUUGGAACUUGCUGAAACUAUAAGCGCACAAAGAAAUCCAUAAUGAUGUGUUUUACAGAGCAGCAGAUGUUGUCUUCCUUCAUGUUGUCACAGAGAUAAAAAAUAAAUAAAUAAAACUUUGGCUUUAGGCCUUAUUAAUAAAACAGGUUUGGAAAAAUGUGCAAAUGAAUGUAUUGCUUAAUCCUGGAAUCAGACUUUUUUUUUUUUUUUUCUUGCUCUCCUAUCAUUUGCUACAAAUGUAUAAAGAGCUUUCAGACUAUCGGGUCAGAACCUCAAGAGUUGUGUUUUUUUUUUAACAAGGAUGAAUUCAGUGCCUCUGCUUCCACAUUGAGAAACCUGUGUAUGGUGAGAAUGAAAUGUAUGCAGAGGGUAAUAUAAAACAGGGAUAUGUAUGUUUAAUUUAUGUACAUUGGAGUUUACUGUUGGCAGAAACAGUAUUUAUGUGUAUUUGUACAUAAAAGAUGCAGUACAAACUCAUGGUGCUUUGGGCGGGAAAGAUUUUUGUUCUCUGGAAUGGAAAGCAACAACAAGUGAAAUUCUGUAACGCUUCAAAUGUUUUGGAAUGAGUAUAAAACGCAAUGUAUCAAAAUAAAUCAGAUUUAGGAACUGUA